GGGGAGAGCAGCACCGAGGCCAGCAAGACGCUGCCCGCCAUCGAGCUCCGGGACUGCGGAGGGCUGCGGGAGGUGGAGGUGACCGCAUGCCUGGUGUGGAAGGACUGGCCUCACCGCGUGCACCCCCACAGCCUCGUGGGGAAAGACUGCACCGACGGCGUCUGCAGGGUGCGGCUCCGGCCUCACGUCAGCCCCCGGCACAGCUUUAACAACCUGGGCAUCCAGUGUGUGAGGAAGAAGGAGAUCGAGGCUGCCAUAGAGCGGAAAAUCCAGCUGGGCAUCGACCCGUAUAAUGCUGGGUCCCUGAAGAACCAUCAGGAGGUGGACAUGAACGUCGUGAGGAUCUGCUUCCAGGCCUCUUACAGGGACCAGCAGGGACAGAUGCGCCAGAUGGAUCCCGUGCUGUCUGAGCCUGUCUAUGACAAGAAGUCCACAAACACGUCCGAGCUGCGGAUCUGCCGGAUCAACAAGGAGAGCGGGCCGUGCACAGGUGGCGAGGAGCUCUACCUGUUGUGUGACAAGGUGCAGAAAGAGGAUAUAUCGGUGGUGUUCAGCAGUGCCUCCUGGGAAGGCCGGGCUGACUUCUCCCAGGCCGACGUGCACCGCCAGAUUGCCAUCGUGUUCAAGACACCGCCCUACGAGGACCUGGAAAUCGUUGAACCUGUGACAGUCAAUGUCUUCCUGCAGCGGCUCACUGACGGGGUCUGCAGCGAGCCUCUGCCCUUCACAUACCUGCCUCGGGACCACGACAGCUACGGCGUGGACAAGAAGCGGAAACGGGGGAUGCCCGACGUCCUGGGAGAGCUGAACAGUUCUGACCCCCAUGGCAUCGAGAGCAAGCGACGGAGGAAAAAGCCAGCCUUCCUGGACCACUUCCUGCCCAGCCAUGGCUCAGGCCCGUUCCUCCCACCGUCCACCCUGCUGCCCGAUUCAGACUUCUUUCCCAGCCCCGUGUCCGUGUCCCUCCCUGGCCUGGAGCCCCCUGGUGGGCCGGACCUCCUGGACGAUGGCUUUCCCUAUGAAACCACGAACCCUGCACUCUUCACCAUGCUGGACAUGCUGCCCCCGGCUCCGCCACUUGCCAGCGCUGUCUCAGGCAAUGGGGUUGCAGGGGCCACGGUCGGGGAGCCGUCGGGUCCUGAGCCAAUGACACUGGACUCAUACCAGGCUCCAGUCCCUGGGGACGGGGGCACUGCCAGCCUUGUGGGCAGCAACAUGUUCCCCAACCAGUACCGGGAGGCGGGCUUUGGGGGUGGCCUCCUGUCCCCCGGGCCUGAGGCCACGUAACCACCUCAGUGCCAGAGGAGAGGCGCUGGGUGGGGAGGGAGGUAGACGGGGCGGUGGGAACCCAGCCAGGAUGGGCAGUACCCCCCUGGGGCCCCCCUUGGUCAGGUCUCCCCACCUCAUCCUUCUGAAUCGGACCGGACGUUUUCUGCAUCGGUGAGAAGCUCUGCAGCACAGGGUUUCCCCUGAGCCCAUUUCACAAAUGAAAACUGAGUCCAGAGAGGAACGGGACUUUGUUCCCAUGCACUUAGUCCCCAGAGUUGGGGACACCUUCUCCUGGAUGAUUCUGACGAGUGUACAUACGGAGGACGGUAUUCCAGCCCCCCUUCCCCAGGAAGGUAGGGGAUAGGCUGUUGUCUUUCCAAUAAAGAUGAGUUUUGAGCCUUA